CUCGCCACCUGGCGUUGUUAAUCGUUGCCCAGCCUUAAAGCAUUGCGGAGAAAUAUACAUUUGAAUCUUUCACGAAUUUGAAAUAAACUCGCACUUUAGGCAUUGCACAGCCAUAUGUGUGCUCUGUUGAGACAACGGAUGCUCCUGUCGAAAUUAUGCUUUUACUACACCUUUCGAAGUCCUAGUCUCUGUCUAUCUGGGGUGGAUCAAUGCUGGAUUCUCUGCUUCAUGCAUACUCCUCUCCUUUCUCUCAGUCAGCUACACUCGCUUGCCUCACACCCGGGGGCGCAUCAACCAGCAUAGGCGCCUUUCGUUGGCUCCAAGGGGGACUGGAUGCGAAUAUGUUCUAGUCUGGAAUGCAACGGUUUGGACAGUCUGGUUGGAAAUGCAGGUGGUGUAAUUAGGACGGAAAUUAAUAUCUCCUCUCAUUGCGCUGGUCUGAGUGGUAAGCUCGGUGCUUUGCUUAGCGGCCUGUAAACACAAAAUGUCGACCCGAACGCCAUUGCCCACUGUGAAUGAGCGCGAUACAGAGAAUCACACAUCCGUGGAAGGAUACACAGAGCCCCCAGCCCCCCCUGCCAAGUCUGGGAGUCGGCAUAACUUGCCUCGAUAUCGGAACUCUGUGGCUUCGACAGCCGAGGAGCAGCCACACAUUGGGAACUACCGGCUGCUCAAGACUAUCGGCAAAGGCAACUUCGCUAAGGUCAAGUUAGCCCGGCAUAUCCUGACGGGUAGAGAGGUCGCCGUGAAGAUAAUAGACAAAACUCAAUUGAACCCCACUAGUCUACAGAAGCUCUUUCGCGAAGUAAGGAUUAUGAAGAUCUUGAAUCACCCCAACAUAGUUAAAUUAUUUGAAGUCAUCGAAACAGAGAAGACACUCUAUUUGAUAAUGGAGUACGCCAGUGGAGGUGAAGUGUUUGACUACUUAGUUGCACAUGGACGGAUGAAGGAGAAAGAGGCACGGGCCAAGUUUCGUCAGAUUGUCUCUGCAGUGCAAUAUUGCCAUCAGAAGAGGAUUGUUCACAGGGAUCUAAAGGCAGAGAACCUGCUUCUGGAUGCCGACAUGAACAUCAAGAUCGCUGACUUCGGCUUCAGCAACGAGUUCACGCUGGGCAGCAAGCUGGACACCUUCUGCGGCUCUCCUCCCUACGCCGCCCCGGAGCUCUUCCAGGGGAAGAAGUAUGACGGGCCUGAGGUGGACGUAUGGAGCCUGGGGGUCAUCCUCUACACGCUGGUCAGCGGCUCACUACCCUUUGACGGGCAGAAUCUAAAGGAGUUGAGAGAGCGAGUCCUUAGGGGAAAGUAUCGCAUCCCUUUCUACAUGUCUACAGACUGUGAAAACUUGCUCAAGAAAUUGCUGGUGCUCAACCCAGGCAAACGUGGAAGUCUGGAGCAAAUCAUGAGAGACCGCUGGAUGAAUGUGGGCCACGAGGAGGAGGAGCUUAAACCCUACACGGAGCCUGAGGUGGACAUCAGUGACAUCAAACGGAUAGAACUGAUGGUCACCAUGGGCUUCUCCAAAGACGAGAUCUCUGAGGCGUUGGUGGGACAGAAGUACGAUGAGGUUAUGGCCACGUACCUCCUGCUGGGAAGGAAACCUGUAGAGUUUGAGGGCAGCGAGUCCCUGUCCAACAGUAACCUGUGUCAAAGGUCACGACCAAGCAGUGACCUCAACAAUAGCUCGAGCCAGUCACCCGCCCACUCCAAGGUCACGCGCAGCAUAUCUGCCAAUCAGAAACAGCGGCGCUUCAGCGACCAUGUUGCACCCUCUAUCCCCCCAACGGUGUCGUACACCAAGCGGAUGCAGGCCAACAGUGUGGAAAGCGACAAGAAGGAGGACUGGGACGCCACACGUAAACUGGGCACCACUGGCUCUAAGGGUGACAUGCCUGCCUCGCCUCUGGUGGCACAGGAGACAAGGAAGAAGUCCUCCACAGCCUCAGGGAACAGCGGUGCUAUGAUGCGAAGGAACACGUACGUGUGUGAGCGCACCAGCACCGACCGCUACUCGGCCAUCCCCAACGGCAAGGACAGCAGUCUGACGGAGGUGUCAGCAGCAGCUGAAUGCUCCUCACCAUCGUCCGGGGUGACUUCGGCUGCCACCUCAGCACGACCCCGCCAUGUAAAGUCCAUGUCAGCCUCAGGCCACCCCAUCAAGUCUCCACUGCCCCCUAUAGACGACAACGCAGAGUACAAAAGCACUACCCAGCGGCCCCCCGCCGCCUCGCCCUCGGCGCACAGCAUCAGCAGCAGCAGCAGUGCCACGCCCGACCGCACGCGCUUCCCCCGCGGCAGCUCCAGCCGCUCCACCUUCCACGGCGCCCAGCUCCGCGACCGCCGCUCGGCCACCUACAAUGGGCCACCGGCUUCGCCCACACUGUCACACGACACCGGGGCCUUGGCGCAGGCACGCAGGGGCACGUCCACAGGCAUCAUCAGCAAGAUCACCUCCAAGUUUGUUCGCAGGGCCCCGAGUGAAGGAGAGGCCAGUGGCCGGACAGACACCCCAAGGAGCGCAUCCGGGGAACCCAGGGAAGAUGGCCGGGACUCGAAGCCGCGCUCGCUUCGUUUCACCUGGAGCAUGAAGACCACGUCGUCCAUGGAGCCCGGCGACAUGAUGAGGGAGAUCCGCAAGGUCCUGGACGCCAACAACUGCGACUACGAGCAGCGCGAGCGCUUCCUGCUCUUCUGCGUCCACGGUGACGCCCGCCAGGAGAGCCUGGUCCAAUGGGAGAUGGAGGUAUGCAAGUUGCCCCGCCUCUCGCUCAACGGUGUGCGCUUCAAGCGGAUCUCGGGGACGUCCAUCGCCUUCAAGAACAUCGCGUCCAAAGUGGCCGACGAGCUCAAGCUGUGAACGUUUUAAAUAUAUAUUUUUUUUUUUUUUCAACAAGCAAACAAACUAAAGACUAUUAAUGUACAAUGUUGAAAUCCGGUAAAUGGGUGGGGAUCUGAGGGUGAGGGGUCUCGAGUCUCCUCAAGUUCACCUAAACAUUGACACGCUAUGCCGCCAUAUUGAGAAUACCGCUAUUCCAGACUACUGCUGUAUUGUGUGGUGAAACAAAUCAUAAAGAAAAUACACUCCCAUUUAUCCUUCCCAAGGCACAUGUGUGUACCCAGAAUCAGAAUUAACAAGUUUUGAGAACCGAUAAGGUAGAAAAGAAAAGAAACCCAUCAUUGCAAUAAUAUGAGACUGUUCACACUGAUGGCUUGCUCAUUUCAUUUACAUUUGCGCAGGGGGGUUGAAAUAAAGACUGCAUCGCAAAUUUUUCCACAUGUACAGUUACAAAAAUUGAGAAUGUGUUUUGUCGAGUUACAUAGAGUUGUAUAAAACAAGUCUCUUCAGCAUAACGUCUGCAGGUAUUGUAUAGUCUUGGUUUCUGUACAGAAAGUGUAUGUUUAUUGUGUCAUACUGUAAUUUUGGGGGGGUUGGAAUUAUCUUUCCUUGUAUUGUCAACAUAAUGUGUAGAUUGUUUGCCUCCACUGAAAUUUUAAGUUUAUUUUUUUAUUCUCACAAGGAACAAAAAAACGGCUUAUUUCCUUUUUUUUCUUAAAUUUUUUUCCUCCCGUAUACAUAAUUAUUGAAUGACUUGACUGAAAAAAAGGAAAUUGCAUACAUACGUACAUCCCAAAGCCCUAAGUCAUUCCUCUUAAUGCACUAUUUUGGCCACUUUCAUGUUGUUUAUCAUGAAGCAGUGCCGAAUGGUUAUUUUAGCACUACAGUUGACAAUGUUCUUUUUAUUGCAUUGACUUGCAUUAGGGAUCUUUAAGAAGGCAAACUUGGACCUGGGCAAAUCCUGCCUUUACACUUAAUGGGACUACAAUGUUAAACAUUAUUGAAAGGACCAUGAUUUGUCCACACGGUAAGCCUUAUGUAUGCAGUCUUUAGCUUGACAUGAAUUGCGUAGUCAUAUUCUUAGGAAUAAGCAAAUUAUUUAACAAAACAUAACCAUAAAUUAUGUAAAUGUAAUCAAAUGCUGUCCAAUGACAGGCCAAGAGUUUAGUUAUGAGUGCUUUCUGUCAUGUUUUGCUUAAGACCGCACAAAGCUUGAUACUCAGUGUUAAAACAAAGCUUAUUGUCUCUUUAAUGGGACUUUAUCAGAGGCCCUAGCACAGGUCAUUGAUUGAUGGUUUAUGCUUUAUUUUCAUUUUAUUUGUUCUUCUUGCAAUUGUAUUUAUUCCACCACAUUAUGCCUUUUUAAUGUGCUGCUUGAUAUUUCUGAGGCAUUCACCUGUACGAGAGGAAAAUAGGAUUUAACGUUUAUUUUUUUAGAUUGUUUAAACAUUUGUUUUCUCCCCCACUUUUUAAUUAGUGAUUGCGAUGACAGUAUGUCAAAAGAACCACUAGUGCUGGUACAUUUCUUCUCGUUAUUUUGUACUUAAGUCAUGAGGGUUAACUGUGCAAUGGUAUUCCAUGUUGUAUUACUGUAAAGAGCAGCCGGUGUUAGACCACACCCUUAAAAAGUGACAGAGAAGGGAAAACGCCGGAUGUCCUUUUUUGGAAAUUAAGGAGGAUGUGGGGGUCUGAAAACAAGGUGAAAAGCUGUGACAAACCCUUUGAACCAUUUUUGCAAGCUGAAGUGUCACGUCUCUAUUUGUCUAUGAGACAUUUUGGGAGAUUAACGUCUGGGAGAGUUGGAGAGGGUGGCGUUAUUUUAUCGUUGCUGUCCAGAAACGACAAUUUAAGCCUCGCCAUGCGUCACUCAAGGGUUAGAUAGGUAUAAGCAACAUGGAAGUCUCUCCAACCUUGCUCUUUGCUAGGCUCGGUGGCUUUUGAAUCCAUUUUGCUCAUACUUGUGCCAAUCCCUCUUUACCUAUCUAGACAAGUGCGCAUGUGAGAGCUGGAGGGUCGUCCCUGUACAGUGGUGCGUGGCACGGCCGUUGUCGAUGCAGGUUCCCAUUUUUCUAUGGUACACAUCAUAGGGAGACUUGUCAUGUUGCCUUAGCUGAAGGAGCAGAGGAUCAGAAAGGGUUGAUGAAAUGUAAAUGAUAACCCCCCCACCUCUAUAAAUGCACCCUCCCCCUCUUCCACCGUUCCCCCCCCCUCCCCUCCACAGUCCAUCCCCCUCACUUAAACCUCCCCCUCCUCCACCCCCCUCACCUCACUUACACCUCAUCCACUCCAACAUACAUUCGAGGAAAAGCUUGAUGAGUCAUCUAGAUUCAGUCUCACUGGUGCACAAUAUUAAAGCUUACUUGAAAGGAGUCUCGAGCCAAA